AUGUCUGACUACCUUGCUCUGGAUAUUGAGGAGCAUGGUAGCAUCAAUAUUCCAGGAGUGGAGGCCAACAACUUUGAGAUCAAGCCGGCCAUACUAAAUAUGGUUGCUUCGGAUCAAUUUGGAGGGUCACCCACGGAGGAUCCGAAUGCUCAUGUCACAAAGUUCCUACGAAUUUGUGGCACCUUCAAAAUGAAUGGGGUCACGCAUGAAGCUAUCGGGCUUAGGCUUUUCCCUUUCUCACUAAAGGACAAGGCUGAUGAUUGGCUUUCCUCACUUCCAUAUAAUCAUUUUGACACUUGGGAAGGAUUGCUUGAUAAUUCUAGGAUUUUGGUGGAUGCUUCUUCGGGUGGUUCAUUCACAGUUUUGGAGCCAACUCAAGCCGAGGAACUAUUGGAGAAAAUUGCUAUGAAUGGGUCUACUUGGUAUUCGGAUAGGUCUUCACAAAAGCUUGUGGGAGGAAUUCAUAAGGUGGAGCAAUUUUCCACUUUGUCAGCCAAGGUUGAUAAUGUGACUUCCAUGGUCCAAAAGCUUGCUCAAAUCACCCUAUAA